AUGACUAGCAGUUUGCUUGCAUUGAAAAUAUUACGUCAUUUAAUACCAUUAUUACCAGAAAGUACCGACAAAAUGUCAAGUAUUCUUAUAAAAAAUCUUUUAGUCGAAGUUUUCAAUUCAAUUGGUGGAAAAUUCAGUGUACAACGAAUCACACCAGAUAUCAUCACUGAAUUAAUCAAUUUUUAUCGAACGAGUAUGUCACUUAAAUCUCCAUGGCAAUCCGUAGCAACGCAACUUGUUAUUGAUAGCAUUUCCUUAAAUUUCAACGACUUCGAGUCAUUUGAAAAUAUUGAUAAAAAUCAAUUGAUUGAUUUCGUUGCAUCAUUAGGUAUAAUGGGUACAUAUAUUCAACCGUAUUGUCUUGGUUCGAUUGUGAAAAUAUAUGCUGAUGAUGGAAAUAGUAAUGAAUACAAUUUGGCAUUAAUCACAGAAGUAGAUAUCAAUGCUCGAGAUUUGGGUAUACCUGAAGCGUCGCCGUACUAUGUUCAAUAUUUUCAAAAAGACAAGGCUGAAUGGGUCGCAGCCGAUAAAUUAAAACUUGAGAUUGAUGUUCCACCACCGAAUCCAUACUUGUUUUCUCAUGCCGAUGGAACAAUCGAUUUGAUUCUUGAUAAGCUUGCUUAUUUCAUACAACUGGACACAUCAACAUCCAAUUCCAUAGUUUUAUUACAACUGAAACGUCGAUGUAUCGGUGCAUUAUGUCAGUUGUUAAAUGAUAGAAAACUUGUGGAAAUAUUUAUGCAAAAGUCCUAUGUAUCUCUUCUUGCGAAAUUGGCUGUCUGUAGUUUGCCAUUGACAACUCGACUUCAAUUGUUUGAUUUACGUCAUUUUAGUAAAGAUCAUUUAGAACAAUAUUGUUUAAGUCUAGACAACUAUGAACAUUCAAAACAAAUAGUAGAAAAUGAUCAUGAAAAAGAAAAUUUCCAUUAUGACAUGAAGCAAAACAAUACCACUGAUACAUCACCGUUUAGCAUAUGGGAUAAUAUUCCAAUUAAUCGUGAUCGAAAAAUCGUCGAUACUUUAACUACUAGUGUGUUAAAAUAUAAUGGAUGGAAGAUAUAUGCAUCAGAAGCUGAAAUCGAAUUAUUUAAACGAGGUAGAAUAGGAAACGAUGACCUAUAUGUUACUCCGAUGCCAUAUAGAAUUCCCCCUGCACAGGUACUUCAAGAAUUAUGUAUCGACACGACUAAUGACAGCGAUGAUGGCAAUUUUCCGACUUAUAUUAUCGAUAAUCUGCAAGUGAGCGAAGGAAAAUGGUACUUUUGUGUGAAAUUACCACUUGGUGAACUUGUUCAAAUCGGAUGGGCAACAGCUGGAUUCUCGCCUGAUUCCCGUAAUGGUCUUGGAAUAGGCGAUGAUUCCUAUUCAUGGUCGUAUGAUGGAUCACGACACGUUCUCUUCCACGAUGGUAGCCAUGAUUAUCCCGUUGAUGACGAUAUUCACUGGAAAGUAAACGAUGUUUGUGGAUGUGGAAUUGAAAUCGAUGGUGAAAAUACGCGAAUCAAAUAUUGGCUGAAUGGAAAAUUCUUAGGUACCGCUUUUGCGCAUCGCUCAUAUCUCGGAUCAUCACGAACGAAAUGUGAUAUGAGACCAAAUGGACCAAAUACUACCUAUUUUCCCGGCGUCUCUAUGCAGUCUUAUAGUUAUUGUUCAAAUCGUUGCGAACUGUUACUUAGUCCAGAAGAUAUGACUGAAUGUCCAUUACCCGAUGGUUACAAGCCACUUCUAUUACCAAAAUUAGUCAACACUGAAAACUCGAUUGUAGCCUAUCCCUUCAAUGCUUAUUUAAUCGGAGAUAAUAUGGAAAAUUACAUCUACACAUCACGAUUGAGUAGUUCGAAGUUUCGUCUACGUGACUUUGUCAACGAAAAUCAUUUAGAAACUUCGUUCAUUCUUGAUGAUCACCAUCUAAUAUUACCAGAAAAUAGUGGCGGUUUCUCAUUUCCGAUUGACAAUUCAACGUCUUCAUCAACAGUCAGCUUUGAUUUUAAAUUUCUAACCACAUCCAAUCAUGAUUCAAGCAAUAAAACCAACAUUCAUCUACUGAAAUUGAACUCAAUGGAUUUAUUCUCAGUAGAAAUACCAACAAUGAAUGAUGUCAAUGAAGAUAUACGAAUAACGAUCGUAUUUUAUCCGACAGAACAACAAACAAAACUGUACAUGAACGACAAAUGCCGAAUCUUUUAUGGAGGAUUUGACUAUGAAAAAAGGACAACUAGUCUGACUUUGCACAUUCUACCCAAUGGUGGCGCUGCAAUUCGAAAUCUUGCAAUAUGGAAAUAUGCUUUAUCCGAAGAACAUAUUCAUCGUUUAGUUACAUAUGGUCUAUCAUAUGUGGCCAGUGACAAUGAACAAUUGAAUGAAUACCGAAGACAAGCCAAUGUGUUUACAUUCAGCAAAAAUCAACAAAUGUUUGCCAAUGAAUUACUUGUACCAUUUAAUCAACCAUUCGAAAAGAGUUUGUGGCAGAAAAAUAAAACACAAGUCGACAAUGAUGAAUCACACUAUUUUAAAACAAUUGAUGGAACUAAUCAAUCUGUUGUGCAGUUAUGCGGAAACAAAACUUAUCUUGUUCUAGACAUAUCCACUGAACAUAAUUUUGGAUUGACACUUGUCCUCGAUAUUUACGUACCGAGUUUUCCAAAGAAUAAUGAACGACUGACACUAGUAAUGUUGAAUCCACAGUUAAGUAUUUGCAUAGCACAUGAUGGCCGUCUUUUUCUUUUAUCAGACGGUCAAACCUUGAACAUGAGUACAUUAAAUGUCCCACUGAACGAAUACGUACGUUUUGCUGUUUUAAUCGAUGAUAAUUAUGGGAAAAUCUAUCUAAAUGGGUCAUUGGCACUUGAAAACGAUAAGUUUACCACGAAAACAAAUCCUAUUUGCUUGUUUAGAGAAAAGGAUUCAACAACGAAUACAACAGGCGAAGACAAAUUACGAAUCGAAUGCAAACUGAUCGCAUUUCUCAAUCAAGCUGUUUCGAUAGAUUAUACAAUGGAAUCAUCACAAUAUUCUCUUGAAUCAUGGCUUGCACCACCUCUGUCACUUGUUUUGUCACGUUUAAGUGCUAUCGGAUACAAAGAAACAUGGAUCACGUCGGUCAUCAAACAAUCUAAGGCACUCACAUUGCAAAUGGCUGAUAUGCUCAUUCGUGAACAGAAAGAACAAUUAAUCAAAAACGAUCAGAAGAAUCGACGAGAUUAUUAUGUCACCAUUUUAUCACAGUUAGCCCCAUCUAUUGAUCAAGAAAAGUUAGAAAAUAAAAUCAUGUUUACCAGACUUGAAAAUGAGGUCGAGUUGUUAGCAGUGGCUGAAAUGAUGUUGGUCAAUUGGAAUGAUUUACAAAUGCCAGCAACUUCAACAGAUGACAACGACGAAACAGAAAGUGAAUCAGAAGACAUAAAAUGGUUUCAGAAAGCCGUACGUGGUCUAUGCACCAAAAAUAGCUUUACAGAAUGGAUUCAACAAAGAUCAAUAAACAAUCAUAGCGAUGAACUCGUUUAUCAACUUCUUGAUUUGAAUAAACCCCAACUAGAACAAUCGGUUAUGAUGACAAUGACAGAAAGUUCACAAAAAACAAUACACAAAUCGAUUCAAUAUUCACAUCAACAAAUUUCACAGAAGCAAUAUUCAAAUUCACGAAUUGCUUGUGAACAAGGAUUAAUCUCGAUCUAUGCACGAGAAGCGAUUUUCAAUCUUCUCAAAAUCUGGUCGAACAAUGGUCAAAUUCUGUCCAUUAUCGACUUAAGUUUAGCACCAACACAAAGUAUUGUAGCAGAUCGACUUCGAAAUGCCAAAAACUACCUGUUAUAUCAGAAGAAGUUCGAAUUAUUCGAAGAAUCUCUAGAAGAAACUAAUCUAGAAAAUGUUCACAGACCUACGGUUGAGUUUGAUCCAGUUAAAGCCACAAUGGAGAGUGAAAAUGGCAAAAAUACUAUGUUUUAUCAAGCUUAUGAGCAGUUACAUAAAGAUGCUCAUAGAUCAUUUCGAAAUGAGGAUGAUCACUUAUGGGAAGCAACUUAUAUUGGUAUGCAUAGCAUUGAUGCAGGUGGACCUUAUCGUGAUUCAAUUACAUGUAUUUGUUCAGAUAUUUGUAGUACACGAUUACCAUUGUUCAUGUUAUGUCCAAAUGGACGAACAAAUAUAGGUUUGAAUCGUGAUCGGUGGAUACCAAAUGUGUUUCCACAGAAUGAAUCUAUUCCGGAUACGUUCAAAAAUCAAUAUCGAUUCGUUGGACAAUUGAUGGGCAUGGCAAUACGAAAAAAACAUUAUUUGGAUUUGAAAUUUCCCUUAUUUCUAUGGAAACAAUUAGCAAGAGAACAAGUGACGAUUGAAGAUAUUGAAGCAAUUGAUAUACAAUGUUUUAAAAUAAUAAAAGAAAUGCAAGCGAAUUUCACUCAAGAUGAACUUAUCGAUGUAAAUAUUGAUAUCAAUUAUUUGUUUAGUAGUAUUAUGAGUGAACUUCGAUUUGAAGUUGUCAGUUCUGCUGGACAAUCAUACGAACUUGUUCCUGGUGGCAAAGAAAUUGCAUUGACAGCAGCUAAUUUCAAAGAUUAUUGUACGAAAUAUCAAGAAUACCGUCUGAAUGAAUUUAGUCGUCAGAUUGAAUUCAUUCGUCAAGGAUUGUACAGUGUUGUUCCAUGUUACUAUUUGAGUCUAUUUACAGCCGGUGAACUUGAGGAAGCCGUAUGUGGAAAAGGUCAUAUUGAUAUAGAACUUUUGAAAAGAAACACACGUUAUGGUGAUUCAAAUGAUCACGAUUUACCGCAUAUUGAACGAUUUUGGACCGUUCUAAAGGAAAUGUUCAAUGAGGAACAAAAAAAAUCGUUUAUUAUUUUCGUGUGGGGACGAAGCACACUACCACGUUGUGAUGAAGAAUUUACAUGCAAAUUUUGCAUCAAUCCAUAUUAUGAAUCACCGGAUGAAGUAGACAAGAUGCUUCCACGAUCGCAUACGUGUACUUUUGCUCUUGAUUUACCUGAAUAUUCAACAACAGAUAUUAUGUAUCAACGCCUAAACUAUGCCAUCACAAAUUGUUCUAGUAUUGAUGGCGAUGGUUAA